AUGGAUGUUGGUGGAGGCAGUACUGGAUCUUCCCAGAUGGAAACAAUUGAUAAAGAACAGGUGUUUGAGUGGAUUUUGGAUUUGAGUGAUUCAAGUAAGCGAGAACAGGCACUUCUGGAACUGAGCAAAAAGCGAGAAACGGUUCCUGACUUACCUUUAUGGUUGUGGUAUUCAUUUGGCUCAAUGGCUUCUCUGCUUCAAGAAGUAAUCUCAAUAUAUCCAGCAAUCAUGCCACCGACACUUACAGCAGGACAGUCGAAUCGUGUAUGUAAUGCUCUAGCUUUGAUGCAAUGUGUUGCUUCACACAAGGAAACUAGAAGUCCAUUUUUACAGGCCCAUAUUCCAUUGUUUCUGUAUCCAUUCUUGCACACAACAAAGACUUCGCGACCGUUCGAAUAUCUUCGUUUGACGUCUUUAGGUGUGAUUGGUGCAUUGGUGAAAACUGAUGAACAGGAAGUUAUUCAGUUUCUGCUUUCAACAGAAAUAAUUCCUUUGUGUUUACGAAUUAUGGAAAAUGGAACAGAAUUGUCAAAAACAGUGGCUACUUUCAUUUUGCAGAAAAUAUUACUUGAUGAUACUGGUUUGGCAUACAUUUGUCAAACUUAUGAACGCUUUUCUCACGUUGCUAUGAUUUUGGGUAAAAUGGUGUUGCAUUUAGCCAAAGAACCGUCACAGCGACUUUUGAAGCAUGUUGUUCGAUGUUACAGUCGUCUUUCCGAUAAUCCGAGAGCGUUACAAGCAUUACGGCAAUGUUUACCGGAUCAGCUAAGGGAUGAAACUUUUACUCGAGUCCUUGCAGAUGACAAAUCGACCAAACACUGGUUGAAACAACUGCUGAAGAAUAUAGGUUUUUCUGUGAGUCCUUAA